CAAAUAAACAAACAAACAAAAAGAAUGUCCCAGGAACUCAGGAUUUAUUUUUUGCUGUUCUUCUUGAGCCAUGCAGUAGCAGUUGUGAAAUCUCCAAAUUCCAGGCAAGAUUUGCCUCCAUUAUUGCAAAAAAUGACAGAUGACAUAAUAGAUGGAAGAUAUCUGAAUGCUCUUCUUGACCUCAUCCAAUUUCAGAGUUCUAAUGUGUGGACGGCAGACGUGUCACAGAAAGUCAUGUCUUUUUUGCAGUCUCAGAAUGUUGCCUUUACAGUAAGCAGCCUGCAGGUUGCUAUGAAAAGCUACCUAGAGCACCUUUUGUACCAGCCCCAUCAGUUGCUGGCAGAUUUCCGGCAGACAGAUCACCAGCAGUUCCAAACUGCCAUGAAGAGUCUCUUCGAUAACAAGAAGGGACGCUUGGAGCUCGAAGACAUCGUCAUUGACCUGGAAGAGAUCAGAGAGCGUGUCCUGCAGACCCCUGGAGGAAAUCGCACCUUGUUCCUCAUUACUCUGGAGAAAUGUUUCCAGGUUUUGAGUUCCAUUGAGUGUGUGGAUAUUUUGAGCCAGUUGUUGAAGGUAUCCUCAGUGAGCUAUCUCCAGCCUGAGAUUGUCAGGAGCCUCCCCAGUGAUCUCCAGGAAGACUCCUUCAAGAACUUGUCUUCAGUGUUCAAGGACAUAUAUGACAAAACCUCAGCACACACGCAGAGAGCCCUCUACUACUGGAUGACGGAGAUUUUGCAGAAAUCUUCUAAUGCUAGCGAUGAUUCCGUCUCUUGGGUCAGUGCGGAAAACCUUUGGAUUUUGGGAAGAUACAUGGUUCACCUCCCAAUUGAAGAAAUUAUGAAAAUCAGUUCUGUUGAAAUUGGCUUGUUCAUUAGCUAUGACAAUGCAACCAAACAACUGGAUACAGUUUAUGACAUCACACCUGAGCUGGCUCAAGCUUUCUUGGAGAGAAUCAGUUCUUCAAGCUUCGACGUGAGAAACACCUCCACCAUACACAGGUUGGGCUUGCUGGUUUGUUUUUAUGAUGACCUAGAGGAACUCGACGCCACUGUGGCCCAGGUUUUACUUCAUCAGAUGAUCAAAUGCAACCAGUUAAGAGGUUUUCAAGCUGAUGUUCAGAAGCUCAAAGCUGAGCUUCUGGAUGUCGCCAUGGAGAACCAAACCCUGAAUGACACCCUGGGCUCCCUGUCUGAUGCAGUUGUUGGGCUGACAUGCGGCCAGUUAGAGUCCCUAGCCCCCGAGGCUGUGCAGAAUGCCAUCUCUACGCUCAGCCUGGUGUCGGGUUGGGCCAAGGGCCAGGCCAUCAUUCUCUCUGGCAAAUACUUGGCCCACGAGAAGGUCAUAUCUUUCUACAACAUCAGCCAAAUGGGUGCACUUCUGGCUGGGAUCAGCACACAGACUUUCUAUAAUAUAGACUCUAAGGAGCUCUCUAAUAUUGUUAAGGGGACUAUCUCCCAACACGCGUCGGAUUUAUCACUGGCUCAGCAGCAAGGUAUCCUCAGCAAGAUGAUUGAAUCCGGAGAUAUUUCCUCAGCUGUUGUAGAUGAGCAAGGGGUUUUCUUCAAGGAGUUGUCUCUCUCUGACUUAUGGAAGGAAUCAGGUUUUAACUCUUCAGUUGUGAAAGAAAAGGAGCUACGGAGAAGCCAGGCCUUGUUUCUCUAUGAGUUCUUGUCAAAGAUGACUGGAAAGCCCGAUGACCUUCUAAGUGUAGGGCAGCUGGUGAAAGGAAUAACAUGCCAGCAGAUUGAGAGCAUGAGCACUAACUCAUUUUUGAGCCAUUUCAAGUGCUUUGAAAAUCAUCUUCAGUUGCUUUCGCCAUAUCAGGUUAAUUGUUUGGCUUGGAAGUAUUGGAAAGUCUCCAGCUCCUCUCUACCUCCGUACCUCUUAUUGGCACUCCCAGCCCACUAUCUGGACCUGAUGUCAGCUUCUCAGUGCAUACCAUUUCUGAUCAGCAUAGGGAAGAUUCAACUGGAUGCUCUGGUUAUAGAUUCUUACAAAAAGAAUUUAGUCCUCAGAAAAGUGCAGCUGUGCCUGAAUGAUUCCAUUGCUGAUGACUAUGAUGUAGACAUAGUUGGAAAUCUCCUCUGCCAUUUGCCUCCAACAAUGAUCCACCAUGGGAUCUCUCUCAGGGCCAUCUCCACAGCGAUCCACCGAUUCAAACUCUGCAGGAGCCUCAGCCCUGAGCAGAAAACUCAAAUCAAAUACAGGCUUCUGGAACUGCAUGGGCCCCCUGAGAAUUGGACAAUGGAAACUACAAAGGAUAUUGGACCAUUUCUAGUACUUUUCUCAGGAGAAGAAUUAGAUGUCAUUGCCUCAAAGUUCCCCAAUAUAAUUCAGCAAGUAGCUUCCAAGUUGAGGGGAACCCGCCCCCCUGAAGAAUUCCUCUGGGCUGUUUUUGAGUCUGUCCAGAACUCCAGCAGCUAUGUUCAGGCCUCUGACGUCAGACCCGAUUGCUUAGGAAUCACAGCUCCCUCUUCCAAGGACAUCCUGAAGUUAGCAGAAGCCAAUGCAUGCUGGUCUCCUCAGGAGUUGCUGUGUAUGAGAGAAGAUACAUUCACCAAGAAUGUGGAGCUACUCGGCGCGGUGUUGAGUUUCAGCCACUCUCAGCUAACCGCUUUGAAGGAGAAAGCUAAACAGGCUUGGGAUAGUCCACCUUAUUGGAAAAACCAUCAGAUCAUCUCCUUGGGGCGUAUUGCUCUGACUCUGAAUGAAAGUGAGAUUGAAGAAUUAGACCUGAAGUCCAUCGACACAGUUGCUGCACUGAGUCAGCAGACAGAAUGGACACCUGAACAGGCUAGAUCCAUUCUGCGAGGGUUUCUGGAAGAUUCUCAUCAAAGAGUCCCGGAACUGAAGAGUUUUGAUUUAGUAGGACUUGGUAUGAACCUAUGUGCUCUUAAGGCUGCUGAAAUCCCAUUGAUACGGACCGCAGAAUUCAGUGCUGUGGCAGCCAGGAUUGGCACCUUGUUGUGCAGCGCUCCUGUCUUGGAGGGUUUUAAGAAGAAAGCAGAGGAUGUGUUUGGGCAUCCAACUAAGUGGAACAGUUCUGUAGUUCAUGAGAUUGGGACAAUCGCAGCUGGAUUAACUAAGGAAGAAUUAAAAGUUUUGGACAAGGACUUGAUGCCAUACUUCCAGCCAACAGCAAUAAAGUGCAUUCCUGAUGAAGUAUUUAAAGAGCUCUCCCCAGAGCAGAUCGCAAACUUGGGCCCGGAGAAUGCAGCCUCGGUGACAGGGUCACAGCGCAGGCAUCUCAACACGCCGCAGCUGCACAGUCUCCAGCUAGCGCUGGAUGGAGCCAGGACUCGUUUCCAAGACGAUGCUUCAGUGAGCGAAAGUACUACAAGAUCCAUCUCUGGCCCUGCUUCCAACUCUGCUCCAAUCCCCAGUAGCUCCAGCCUUUGGUUAUGGCCACUGUUGGUCAUGUUGGAAAAGUAUUGAUGCCUAGAUAUCGGUGGACAUGCUAUGAGACGUUUCAGCGAGGUUACUGAUUAAGCAACCAAAAUUUACUUUUUCUGAAGUUGCUCUGGGCUUUGCAGUUGUAGAAAUUAAGUGUAGUUGCAUUUAAAUUUUGGUUGAUCAUUUUUUAGCAACAUCAAACUGAUAGCUCAGCAAUGCACAAUUUUGAGGAACCAAUAAAUCUUCUUUGCCUUGGUGAAGUAAUUUCUAAAAGAAAAAAACACUGCAGGUUAUCUCUAGCCCCACGCGGCAACAGGAGGAUAUCAGAGCUCAGAAAGGCUUCCAUGCACUUCGUUUCUAAUGAGAACUGUGAAAGGCAAGUAGAUGUGGACUAGAUUCUCAUUCUAUAUAAUUUGGCUAGAGUUCCCUAUUUUUAAAGGCAAACGAGUGCUGGUUCCCAAAGCAUUACUGUGGUGAUUCUUUAGAAAUUCUGUGCCACUUUGUUUAGAUCAGGAAAGUGGCAGUUUGCUCUCUCACUAUCUAGGACUGCUGUUUCACAUAGAAAUUCAGAUUCUGAUUAUACACUUUUUCUUUUCAUGGAGCAUAAAAAUCCAGCUCUUAUUUUUAAAAUCAGAUUUUUAAUGUAUUCCGAAAAAGGUAGACAGGCUUUUAAAAUCGAGUCUACAAAAUGUUUUUUUUCAUAUGUAGCAGAAUAUUAUAACAGAAAAUAAAGCUUGCAAUAACA